UGGCGACUGUGCUGCGGCAGUCACCGGGAUCGGGUUGAUCGGGCGGCUUGUGUGCUAGCUUUUAUCGUUUACCACAUGUUGAUUAAUUAAUUAAAAAUAUAUUCUAAGAAAGGAAGAAAUAAUAGGAAAGUACGAUCUCUCUCUCUCUCUUUCUCUCUCUUACAAACACAUUUUCGUAACGUUGUUAGACCGUAGACUCGUGUUGAACAUUUCAUUCCACGCGGAAGGUGGAACCUAGUUACGUCACGCAGCACCAAGAGAAAUAUCGUGUGUCGAGCAGCUCCUGCCUCCCCCGUGAAACAAGAAGGGCACCAUCAAAUAGGCGCCAGAAAUCCACCAACCACUGACGAGGAAACGUCAACGGCUGGCAGGAUGAAUAGCAAGAGAAAGAAUCGUUCUAAUCCUACUAGGUCACCACGAGCAAGAGGGCCACAAGAUAGAUGUGUUGCUGCUGAAGGUGUUUAUAAUAAUGCACACUUUAUGCAUUCUGUCACUAGCCAUGUUGGUAACACAGUGCAGAUACAAACACAAAAUGGUUCAGUUUAUGAAGGAAUUUUUAGAACUUUCUCCAGUCGUUUUGAUGUGGUUCUAGAGAUGGCUCAUCGGGUAGAAAGUUCCGGGAAAAUUAGUGUCGAAAGUGUAGUAGAAAAAUUGAUUUUUAAACCUCAUGAUAUUAUAACGAUGUCUGCCAAGGAUGUUGAUCUAGAUUAUGCCAUAAGAGAUACUUUCCAAACGGAUACUGCUAUUAGUAAAUUUAAUGGUAUAGUUGGAGAGAAGGAACUCGAGCCAUGGGAUGCGCCGUCUACUAUGAAUGGUGAUGAUUUAGAAUUAGAUGGUGGUGCUAACGGAUGGGAUGUAAACGAAAUGUUCCGCAAAAAUGAGCAAAAAUAUGGAGUUCAAACGACGUUUGAACCAUCAUUAGUUGGUUAUACCUUACAACUUCAACGUAAAGAUACGAAAGAUUACAAAGAACAGGAACAGAAAGCAGCGGAAAUAGCAAAUGAGAUAGAAUCUCAACCAAAUCAUAAAGCACGGUUAGAAUUAGAAAAUGGCGAUGAAGAGGAAAGAUUUGCUUCCGUAGUAAGACCAAACGAAGGUAAAUACGUCCCACCUCCUUUGAAAAAGAAAAAUUGGGAUACUGGGAAAUUAAUAAGAUCUACACCACCACCCUCUUCACCAGGAUCUGCAACUAGCAAAUCUGUUUUUAAUCAAGCACCAUCGUCCAACGUCAAUGUAUCGCCUAACAUCCCAGUUGGUCUUCAAACCUCCCAUGGCUCUAUGCCGCAUCCAGUACCUCUUAAUAUGGCAAUGCCACCAACUGGAGUAGUUGUACAUACUACUUACAACACUCCACCCCCUUUUGUAUCUCCUACAACACAAGCAUCUUCUGCAGCAAUGCAACAAACUCAACCACAAUCUCAGACUGCUCCUACUAUUCCUCAAGUUACUUACCCGCAGCAGUCACAACAACAGCAACAACCAUCGCAGCAACAGCAGCAACAACAACAACAGCAGCAGCAGCCACAACAACAGCCACAACAACAGCAACAGCAGCCACAACAACAGCAGCAGCCUCAACAACAGGGACCUUCUAAUAAAAUAAACACAGAAAAGCGUGAACGUCCUGGCAGACAACAGGUUUUUCAAGCAGAUAAAGCUCCGCCAGCUCCUUUUUCACAACCAAAUGCCUCAUCUACGCAUCAACCACAACAAUCAGGACAUCAACAACAUUCCUCUGUACAACAACAGAACUCUACAGAUAUUCAACGUAUUGAAAUAAUUCCACAUAAACAAGAUCAUAGAAAGAUUCCAACGCCAAGGAGUAGAGAAGAACAACACUCAGAACUAAGACAGUUUGCAACAGAUUUCAAAUUAACAGAUUCGACUGCUCAGGAAACACCGUCUGUUUCUCGAAAACAACAGCAGCAUCAUCACCAGGAAGCUCAUCCUACGCCACAAAUUUCUCAACAACAUCAUCAGCAGAAUCACCAACCACAUAAUGCUUCACAACCACAACAACAACAACCUCAACCACAACCACAACAUCAAAGCCCACAUCAGCAGCAUCAAACGGUUCAAGAAGAGUCCGUUGUUACUACCAAACCACCACCGGGGCCAUUGCCUGUACGAUCCACGAGUCCGUCGCAAGCUCAACAGCAACAGCAACAACAACAACAACAACAACAACAACAGCAGCAGCAGCAACAGCAGCAGCAACAACAACAACAGCAGCAGCAGCAACAACAGCAGCAGCAGCAGCAACAACAACAGCAGCAACAACAGCAGCAACAGCAGCAGCCACAACAAAAUUCUUCAAUUACGCAAUCAAAUGUGCAAGAACCAGGAGUGGAAAAAAUUACUACUGCCUUCAAAAAAUCAACUUUAAAUCCUAAUGCAAAGGAAUUUAAUCCAAACGCUAAGCCGUUUACACCUCGAUCUCCCAGUACACCGACACCUAGUCGUCCACACACACCACAAACACCACAGUAUACCGGUGCCACUAUGCCUGCAACAGUUGUCAUGCCAGCAUACGUAAUGACAAGCCAACCACCAACUGCGUUCAGUCAACCACCAGCACAGCCUGUAACAAGAUUUAGAAAAGAUUUUGUCUUUAUAGUGCCAAUGAUGCAACAUCGAGCGCCAGAUAUAGCUUCUCAAAUGCAAGUAGCUGCAGCAACUGGGCAACCAUUGUUAGCACCAGCUCCAUUACACCCACCAUUCCAGGUGUCUUAUCCAGGGCAACCAACCUAUCAGCAAAUGGUACGCAUGGUACAGGCGCCACCGCCACCACCACAUAUGUCCACGAACCCUUACCAUCACCAUCAUGAUUCACCAGGCCCGCAAGCUCCUGGCAUACAGUACAUGGGUCCACAUACACACCCGCAUCCACAUGUUCCACAGCAGCCACCAAGCCAAACACCCUCCCCAGCUAAUCCCAAUCCACCACACACGCAGAGUGCAUACAAUCCUCCUGGAACACCACAGCCUACCUAUCCACAACCACCUCCGCAAGGACACGCUCCAAGUUAUCCAAUUAUGUGCCCCAUUAUCCCACCUCACAUACCAAUACCACCACAACACAUGCAAUAUUUACCCCCUCAACCUCCGCCAGGAGCCCAACAGACUAUACCAGUCAUUCUGCCGCACAAUCAGUAGCCAUUACAAGGACUAAUUAAUGAAAAAGACGAUUACUAGUAUUCUACGAUGGUAGAAUAAGAUUUGUAAGUCCAAGAAACUUUCAUAAUGGUACUGAACACUUUAAUACGUUGCUAUUGUAAACUUUUUUAGCUACGUCAUCUCUCGUUUUCUUAUAAAAGAAGUUACUUAAACGUGCGAACGAUCAGAAUAUUCUCUUACUUUGUUAAUUCGUCAUAUUAGCAUAUAUUGUUCUUUUAAUAUAUAUAUAAAAACGAAUGAAAUAAGAUCAUAUCAAAUAUCGUGCUUUCUGCGAUUAUAAUUUAGUAUGUAGAAAAGCAGAUGUUUUAAAAGCGCAUACGAAAAAAAGAAAAAAGAACAAGAACGCAAAAAGUGUCGACCGUUUUGAAAGUGAUUAAUUUUUUCAAAAUAUGGGUUACUUAAAAAGUAAUACCCUCUCUCCCCACAUCUAUGUGUUUAAGAUUCUCGAGCGUGUACCAUCAAUUCCCUUGGUCAUAUUAGGCACAAAUUAAAGCAAAGCUCUUUUUAUCGAGCCGAAAUAAUUAAUAAUUUCUUCUCAUUAUAAUGCCACAUCCAAAAAGAAAAAAAAAAAAAAACAAAACAAAACAAAAAAUAACAAAAAACAAAAGAAAAUGCAAAAAAUAAAAAAAUGCAAUUUAUUAUUUUAUGUGCCACAAGUGCAGUAGAAUGAAAUAACGAAUACCAAAUCCUAGAUUAUUUUUUCGGUACAUCAAUCCAUUGCUACAUACUGUUUAGAAUUCUUGUAAUCAGGAAGAAAUAAGAAAGAUUACCGAUAGGAAAAGUUAUAAUAAGAUGCGAAUAUCGCUAAUAAAACGAUUGAUAAUUUUCUCGCUAAUAAUAACGAAGAAUAAAAAUUUUGAUGCAACGUAUGUUACUCGAAUUGAAUAGGAUCGACGAUUUAUCUUUGGAAUAUUGUAAAAAUCCAAAGUUACUGCAUUAAUGCGAAUGGUCGUAUAUGGUUCAAGUAUCUUUUUUUAUACGAAGAAGAAGAAGAAGAAAAAAAAAAGAAAACUAAACUAAAGUAAAAUAAAAUAAAAUAAAAUAAAAUAAAAUAAAAUAAAAUAAAAUAAAAUAAAAUAAUUGUGUCAAGCAAUUACAUAAAAACACGAAAGUACACGGGAUAUUUUCUUACUUUACUGUACUUUCAUGCUGCGCCAUGUCUCUUCGUAGAACGAAAGAAACACGAAGAGUGUCUUAUGUAUGUAUGAAUAUAAACAUUUUAAGUACAAUCAAUUACACAUUGAAAAAGAGUACCUCGACGACAUUCUCGUCGUAAGAUCUUUAAAAAAAAAAAGUGGGAGGAGGCUACAUCUAUAACAUGUUUGUAAAUGCGUAUGAGACAAAGAAAAGGAGUAUUUGACGCGUCGUAGUAUUGUUAAAGAUAGUAUUAAUGUCAACGGCGACAAGAUUAAAAAAUGAAAUGAAGAAGAAAAAAAAAUAAAUGAAAAAAAAAAACGUUAUUU